GCACCAGUGUUUGUGUCUUAGCCUCACUAAGAGAGUUCUUAAUUACACGUGAAAAGUGUUUGAAGGAAACUUUUUAAGGAGACUUUGUGAGAUAAAGUGGAUGGUAGUGUUUGUGUUUGGAACAUGUUAGGUGUGCUACUGACAGUUUCGUGACAGCUUCAUAUAUAGUUAUGAGACUUGGUACUCACUCGUAACCUUACCAGUUUUUCUUGCGGAUAAAAUAAAAUGGCGACAAUACGGAUUCCUCUACAUCUAGUCCUCAGCAGUAUUAGUGAGAGCGAGGCCAGUGGAAGUAGCUCUCUUGUGUCGCCAGCACAAAGCCGCCGUCGAGUGGCACACGGGCUACCAACUGGACACCCUCAUCGCCGUAGGAAGGUGAGCGCACCGCCGGAGUUGCAGCCACACUUUUCAGGCCCUUCUCCACACGCCCACAACGCCCACGCCCAUAACAUCCAGGGCAACGGCGGUGCGAAUCCCGACCACGUGCACACAUCCGCCAACCCCGAGUAUACUCUGAACUUCCCAGGACAAACACAAUUGUCUGCCAGUUUCUGUAGCGGUUCUGACUCGGGGGUACCGUCCGAAUAUUCCUCCUGGGCUGCUCCAGUAUCUGGUGUGAUCCGUCACGACGCCUUCUCGCCUAACGAAAAUCAUACGUUACCUCCAGAUUCCAUCGACGACCUCGCAGGCCAACCACAGACUAACGACCACCAGGAAAUAUCCUUCUACCAGUCCGACUCCGACUGUGAGAGUUUGGACGGAUUACAAGCACCACACGGUUGUCGUAAGUCUGCUGCUGGUAGUGGGAUGAACAAUCAAGGAUACGUUCACACAGAACCCACCCCGGUGGUUCUCCCCGUGGGUUCUCCUCCUCCUCUCAUUCGUGCCUCCACGGAAACCAACAUGGCCUCACCUCCCCCCUCUGCCGUUGGUUCGCCGGUCAACUACGGCCAAGGGCGCAGACACAGCAUGGUUCUCCAACUCAACCUACAGGGUGCUGCUCCUCAGGUGGCUGGACUACCCGGCAACUCAAGGGGACGCUCCGUCUCCAUGGUGUCCCUCAACGCUAACCAGCCAGUCCCCAACAUGUACCCCAACCUGCACGACACACAGUCCAUAUACAGCGAAGUUGGCUACGGUUCACCCGCAGGCUUCUCCGGUGGUCACCACUCAGGGUCCCAGGGGUCUAUCGCCGGCGGUGGACUGAAGAUUGUGGAGAGUCAACAAGCAUUAGUCAAUUGUCACACAGACGGUGUGUGCACUCACCCUGACGCCCACGACCCUCAGGAGCCUCAGCCCACCGAGGAGGGAGAGAAGAAAUCAAGAUUCCAGCUCACCCUUAGUAAAAAUCUGAGCAUAAUGUAUGCGGUGUUCUUGGUCAUGUUGGGAAUCGUUAUAUACUUAGCUGAUACCUUCAGCGGCCAUGACUCAGCAAUGGCAGAGGGAUUCAACGUAUUCUUAAUAGUAGCACAGUUACUUUGGCUUUUCUAUGUACAUGUGGAUGUCCGACGUUACGUCAAUCUCAUAUCUCGAACACUUGACGAGGCCAAGACGAAACAAGUAAAUAAAGACGACCAGGUGCACUUAGAGCCGACAGGUGACGGGCAGUACCAGCUACGUAUAAACGUGCCCGAGGCCCCCAGGACCAUCCCACAGCACUACGGCUUCACCUCAGGUGGUCACGGCGGCUCUCUCUACCUCAAGAUCGGGGCUACAGUUUUCUGUUUGGGUUACCUGAUCCACACUGGUCUGAAUCUUGGCCAGAAGAUCUUGUACCUGACAGAAGAGGACCCCGUCUUUGAUAACUGCACCUGCACCACUGACGUCAUCAUGUCUGUCUUACAACCUGUGUACGCCUUCUAUCAGCUCUUCUUCAUCUUCAAGUACUCCAAUCUGAUCAUCAACCGUCGUCUGGUUCUGUCAAGAUUCGGCAUCAUGCACUGCAUCGCCUCUUCUCUGUGCUUCUGGAUCUAUACCAUCCUACAAGAGACUCUCCAAGCCAUCUUCUUGAAAAAGAGCUCAGAAAAAAAUUAUAGCUCAGACACAACCACCGCAGCACAGUUGAUAAGUGGUGGUGGUGAUGAAGACGACUCAGACGAAAUGGAGGACGAUGACACUCAGCAAUACGUCGGGAGGAAGUUCACAGCGGCUGCAGCUUCUUCUUGGUCCAUCAACUAUGGCUGUGAGAAGGAUACUCAUUUGUCCUCCAUGAUCAACGCCACAACCCCGUACCUCUUCCCGUUCAGCAUCGAGUUCAGCAUCUUGAUGGUGGGGUUGUGGAUCCUUCUCUGGGAAAACAUCGGCAAGUUCGAUCGCCACACACACAUUCCUUCAGUGGAAGUCACCUAUGAGGAAGACAAUACCAAAACUUUGACGUCCAACCUUAUCAUUUACGUGGACUGUCACGCUUCUAACCGUGGACUGUUCGCUGGCCUACUCAUGACCGUCGCCACGGUAAUAUCUAUCAUAUUAUUCUUCAUCUUCUCGGCAUCUGAGGACAGCAAGCAGCUUGGGAUUUAUGUCAACGGCAUCAGUGAAGUCCUUCUACUAACGUGUAUGUUAUUUACGGCCAUCGUCGCCUACAACUCGAUCCGGAUAUUGGACAUAAUAAAACACAAAAUUAGCAACGUUGACGACAUCUUGUUGUACGUGUGCCUGCCCUGCAUCUUCCUCUACGCCUUCUUGAGUAUGGUCCCGGCCAUCAACGGUGGACUUGUCCUCUCCACUGCUGUCUCCAUACUACAAGUGUGUCAGGUGAUCUUGCAGACUGCGCUCAUCUGUGACGGUCUAAGGCGGUGCUCCAACGCACAGAGUCUCCAGCACAAGAAGCCGGGACGCGAGGUUAUCACCUACCUGGUGGUUACUAACGUGGCCAUGUGGCUACUACAGACCUUUGAAAUUAAGAGUGAAGAAGGCAAUUCCGCCCUGUACGAUUUCUACGGCAAGGAGCUGUGGACUUUACUUUCACACUUGACGUUGCCGCUGGCGCUCUUCUACCGCUUCCACUCGUCCGUGUGUCUUGCGGACAUGUGGAAGGCGUCUUAUGAGGCCGAAGAGUCCCAUUAGAUGGUCCCGUCGCGUCCCUAGACCUUCUGGGGUCCAGUAUCCUAGCAUCUUCCCCGCUUGAUGGACGACACCUUGCGGGAAGGGACCCUCCCUAUACGGCGCCUCCAGCGUCGUGGAGUUCAUGUGCGCAUCUGUACAUAUUCACCCGUCCUCCCCCACACCGGCACCAUAACACUAUUACCAAAUAACAUUAAAAAAAAUGGAGACGUCACUUCUACUAUUAUUAUGAAUACAACGAAUAGGAAGAUGUGAUUGUGAUGACAUAUCCUGUUUACCAAUAAACCGAUAAUUAUUGCAACUUUACAAAGGAAUAAAAUACUGUACUUAACGUUGUUGACUCAAGUGUCUGUCCAUGUGUGUGUCGGUGAGGCCAGGGGGCGCAGCACCGCCAGUCAUCCGCUGUACAUACUGGCCCAGGCGGUGCCGACUCGUCCUCAUUGCUCAUUUCCCUGUAUUUAUGAUGCCAUACACUGUAGAUAUUGACCCCAUGUGAUACACUGGUCAAGUCGGCGCCGUCCUGUGAGGAGGCAGGUCGGGUCGACACACUCUAUUGUGAUAUGUAUAAAACCGGAGACGUGUAGAGUAUUUAGUCUAAGAGUUCUUUAAUUAGCUGACAAAGACGAAAGAGGCCUGAACGUCGGGCAUUACCUCUGUAUUUAGCUGUACAUGUUGUACUUAGUAUGUAUAAGUUAUAAGCUCAAGUACAAGUGAUUCAGUAAUGAAUAUAAGUUGUACCUAUGCCAAAUAAAAUAAUUUUGAUUUAUAA